AUGUCGAAGCACUACCGCGCCAUCCGCAGCUUCUUGCCCACCGCAACGGCGGUCGGAAAGCUCCUCUCGCGGCAGACCUCUCAGGAGAUUGUCCUAGGUGGCAGCAUCGGCAUUCCUCUAUCAGAGGCCGCCUCGCUCGUGCCGCGUAGUAAUACUAUCGCUCAGUCAUCUCUCGGCGCGCUUCGCCCCAGCGGCUCCGCGAUUUCCGCCACGCCUUCCGCCGGGUCCGCAUCAUCCGCCGCGCCUUCCGCGACCGCAUUGUCCCCAGCGAAAUCCUCUUUCCGGAGAUGUCACGAUCACUCCUGCUCCCAGUCUCUCCCUCCUGCAGCAACACCCUACUACCCGUCAUCCACCUCUCUACCGACAGCCUCUCCUGCUCCUGCCCGUGCCACCGCCAACGGAACCACCCGCGACGAUCAUCGCCGAUUCGCCGAGCCGCACAUGCCUGCCGUCCUUCCUGUCUUCGGCGUAGCUCGCCGAUCUUUCCCGGGCCCCUCACCCCUCUCCAGAGGCAUUCCCGGCUCCUGGUCCGAUUCCGGACCCGCAUUUUCAGCAAAGAGCGCAUUUCCCGCCGCUAUUCCCGCCGCUGUUUCCGCUGCGGACGCCGCCGCUGCCCCCACUCCACCCACGCAAUGCGGGGUACUGCUUCGUCGUUGUUCGAGCUCUGCCACGGGUUCCGAGGUGACUUUUGAGUGGACUCAAAAGGCACGUUCAUUUAGCUCUACCACGGGUUCCUGCGUUUCAGAUGCAGAGUUCCUGCAGCAUGAUUGGAUGCAACGAGCCGCGUGGAUGCGGUUGGCCGCAGCGGGGGAUGCGGGCAAUGUCGCUGACGAUGAGGCUGCUGCUGACGUGGCGGAACAUGACUUCCGCGGGCGGAGGGAAGAUGAGCUUGGCGACGGGGAGAAAUGCACGGCGACCGCGGACGACGAUAGCGCUCGUGACGCGUCGAAUCGAACGGUCGAGGCGGAUCGGACUGAACAGGGUAAAACCGCCGACCGUCGGAAUGACGUGAGAGUAGCCAGCUCAGCAACGCGUUUCCUUCCAAAACCCCCAACAGCGUCAGGGACUAAUUCCGGAUCCGUUUUUAGCGGGGAUGAGGACCCUGCGUACUGGGUGGACAGCACGCAGGCGUACCACAGCGCCGGAUGGAUCGGCAGCAACCAACAUCGCCACCACGAGCCACGUCACGAGCGGUUACCUGCUGCUCAUGCUCCCAAUGACACGUGUCUGAGAUCGUCACAAACGAGUCGUUCGUACCUGCACGAUCAUGGGACCAAUGCAGCAGGGUGGUUGGAUGACAGGGAUUGCACGGCAGCAGAAUCGUGGGUGAACGACAGCCGUCGAUCGCUGGACGAGGUGUGGAUGGACAGCGCACGAUCGCGCAUCCGCGACGCGGCGCUGCAGCUAGUAGAGGCGCAGCAAGCUGCGCUGGAGCACAGCAGAGUCGCUUCGGUGAUGGAAGCCGCCAUGCUGGAGAGGCAGACUAGCCUCGGGAGGCAGACUAGCCUCGGGAGGCAGACGAGCCUGGGGAGGAGUCCUGGGGAAAACGCUAAAGGCGGGAAAGUGAGGAAAAGUAUGCUCUCGUGGUCGCCUCCUGCUAAUGACGUGGGUGUGAGUAGGAGCACACGCAGCAGUCCGAUGCGCAGGCUUGCCUGCUCCGUUCGUGUGCCUUCCUUCUCCGCCACCCGCAUCCACAGCGAUGCCAAGUGGCGCGCAGUGACGUGUCAAGCCGUGGUCGUGGCUGCUGCUGACGGCGCACCUGCCCCGCCUGCGUGUGAGUUAUUCCGCGCUCCUCUUUACCCUCUUCCUCUCCAUCCGUCUCCCUCUAUCCGCCGUCUUUGUCCUCGUCCCUCCAUCUCUCUUUAUCGGCACUCCUCUCCCUCCUCUUCCCCACCCCACCCCCCGCCCCCCCGCUCCCGUCGUCAUUUCAUCGCCAUUCGUUUGUCAGUUCAAGGCAAUGAAACGAUCGUUCAUCUUUAUGCGCAGUCCCUCUCCAACCCUCCUCCUUCCCCCUCCCCCUCCCCCCUCCCCCUCCCCCUCCUCCUCCCCCUCCCCCUCCCCCUCCCCCUCCCCCUCCCCCUCCCCCUCCCCCUCCCCCUCCCCGUCCCUCCCGCCUUUCCGUACCCGCGUUCGCACAUUUCCUUGUUGAGACGUCGCACAGCAGCCAUCUCUUUCCACACUCCUUUAGCUAAGGCAGUGAACUGUCCGCCUUUCUCAAUUGCCAAAUUUCCCCUUCUCCCCUGCGUUUCGCCCCUCUUCCCUUUGUUUCCCCCUUUUUCCCCUGCGUGUCCCCCUUCUCCCCCCUGCGUUUCUCCCGCCCGCCCUUCUUUUCCCCCUUCCCCCCCCUCUCCCCUGCGUUUUCCCCCCCUCUGCCCUGCGUUUCCCCCCCUCUGCCCUUCGUUUCCCCCUCUCCCCCCUGCGUUUCCCCCCUUUCUUCCCUUCGUUUUCCCCCUUCUUCCCUGCCUUUCCCCCGUUUUCCCUGCAUUUCCCCCCUCUCCCUCUUUCCCCCUUCCCCUCUUCCCUUUCUUUCCCGUAUCCCUUUCUCCAUUCCCUCCACCGUGCCUCCUUGCGCACUCCCACUGCGCCCACUCCUCCCUCCCCCACUUCCCCCACACCCACUCUCCCUCCUCCCUCUCCCCGCUCUCCCUCUCCCCGCUCUCCCUCUCCCCCAUCGCCCGCUUCCCCUCUUCCCGCUCCCCCUGCUCCCGCUUCCCUCGCUCCUGCUCUCCUUCUCCCGUUCCCUCCCCGCCCACUCCCCGCUCCCCCACUCCCCUCCUGGCCCCCUGUUGCCCACUCCCGCUCGCACACGCUCCCUGCCAGUUCGAGGCAGUGGACCAUCCGCCCUUCUUCACGGGACUGGACCACAUCUACCAGGCCAGAGGCGAGAUCUUGGAUCGUAAAGAAUUCAGUGGCACGCAGUAUGCGCUGGCCCCCAAGCUGGAAUACGUGAGGCCAUAA